UCGAGGCCCACACCGAAUCGGCCGGGCUGCGCACAAUGCUCCGCGCCCCCUUGAGUAGAGGCAUGGCGUCAGCCGCGGGCAAGGUCGUCGUCGCGCCGCGCAGACGAUCGCGGCUUGCGCUCCGCGCGCCCAUCCAGCUCACCGAGACCGCCGCGGAGCGGAUCAAGGAACUGCUCGACAGGCGGAGAGAGUCGGGCGGCGGUGACGACGGGCCGGCCGCGCUGCGGGUGGGGGUCAAGACGCGCGGGUGCAGCGGGAUGUCGUACACUAUGAACUACGCCACCGAGAAGAAGAAGCUCGACGAGGAGGUGGUCGAGCACGGCGUGACGGUGUGGAUCGACUCGGCGGCGCUGAUGCACAUUGUGGGGACGACGAUGGACUACGUGGAGGACGACCUGUCGGCCGAGUUCAUCUUCCACAACCCCAACGCUGAGGGCUCAUGCGGCUGCGGCGAAUCUUUCACCACCAAACCGCUUGACAUCGGCCGCGCUGACGGCUGACGGCGGCCGUGGCCACCGUUUCAUCCCUCUUCAGAUUUUGGAUCCUUGCGGGGUCCUCGUGCGAGCGCUUGCGUGGCAAGGCACUGGGGAGGCUGCGAUGGGGGGCGCCCGCCCUCCUCUUCCGCCUCCGCUGGCGCGUGAGAGAUGCCGCACCUGUGUUUUGUGAGAGAGUGGCCUGCCGCUGAGCUGCUGCUGCACCAGCCCCCCCCCCCCCCCGCACCCACCCCCCUCCACCCCCCUCCACCCUGUGCAAACGACGAAGCCUGUGCCACGCCGAUGUGAGUGAGUGAUGGUGCUUGCGCCAUGCGUGCGAUGACCGAUGUCCAGUGCGGUGCGGUGUGGUGCCUGGUACGUUUCGCCCCGGACUCUUAAG